UUUGCAUUUUGUGUUUCCAGGUACGAACUCUCUUUGUCAGCGGCCUUCCAGUUGACAUCAAGCCACGGGAACUCUACCUGCUCUUCAGACCAUUUAAGGGUUAUGAAGGAUCCCUUAUUAAGUUGACAUCAAAGCAGCCUGUCGGGCUUGUUACCUUUGAUAACCGGACUGGCGCUGAAGCGGCGAAGAACGCAUUAAACGGGAUCCGUUUUGACCCAGAGAGUCCCCAGACUCUGCGCUUAGAGUUCGCUAAAGCCAACACGAAGAUGGCAAAGAGUAAGCUGAUGGCCACUCCGAACCCCACAAAUAUCCACCCAGCUCUAGGAGCACACUUCAUUGCACGGGACCCAUAUGACCUGACGGGGGCAGCACUGAUCCCGGCCUCUCCCGAGGCGUGGGCCCCUUACCCCCUGUAUGCCACGGAGCUUCCCCCUGGGCUCCCCCACGCUGCCUUUACCUACCCGGCCGCUGCCGCCGCUGCCGCAGCCCUCCACGCCCAGAUGCGUUGGUAUCCGUCCCCGUCUGAAACCUCACAACCAGGAUGGAAAUCCCGUCAGUUCUGUUAAGUGUUUAAUGCCAUUCAGUACCUGAAGGUUUUUGAUUUUCCCUCAGAGCGGAGUAAAG